AGUCGUGGAAAAAAAAAAGGCAAAAACUAAAGAGAAAGAAAUGUAAAAUAACAGAAACAUAAGUUGACUUGUCAAUUCAGUCGUCUCCUCGCUCGCAUUGUUUAAUGUAAUAAAUAAAAGGCAACUGGUUCAGGAUCUAAGCGUAGACAAUUGCCCAUCCAGAUUCGAUAAAAAAAAAUGGUUAUUGUUUUCUUUCACUUCCUCUUGGUAUUGAGUGCUGCAGCAGUUGGUCAUGGUCCAGCGCCACCAGAUCAGGAUGAUUGCCGGGCAAUAAGAUGCAAACGCGGUGGGCCACUUGUCCAUUACCCCUUCCGGUUGAAGGGCCGGCAUCCGGACCACUGUGGCUCACCUGGGUUUCACCUGUCCUGCAACAACAAGGAACAGACCGUUCUGGAGCUGCCCGUUUCGGUCAAGUUGUUGGUGAAGCGUAUAGAUUAUGUAAAUCAGAGGAUUCAGGUGUAUGAUGAAGAUCGUUGUGUCCAAAGGCAGCUUCCAAAUCUCACUUUAUCUGAUUCCCCUUACAUGUUCAGCUCGUACCAAAAUUACUACUAUCACGACGAGCUGGGAAACUUCACUUUGUUCGAAUGUUCAGAUAAAAAUCAAUCCGGCCAUGAUAAUCACAUGAUCCCUUGCCUAAGUAAGAGGCUUGGUUUCUACAUUAAAUACACUGAUUCUGAUUAUGCAGACAGUGACCUGUUAUAUUGCGGGAAGACCAUAGAUAUCUUCGAAGUUCCAAGAGGGAUGGUAAUACCUAACCAGAAAUAUUUUUAUUUUAAUUGGAGCAAACCAGAGUGCGGAUCGUGUGAAGCAAAAGGCCAAGGAUGUCGUCCCAAUAAUACUAACGCGUCGGGCACCGAGUGCUAUGACAUUCCCGGGGAACAUAAAGGUCCAAGAACAAGGCUAAUGAUUUCAGGUUUAGUCAUAGGCGCAUUUCUUCUUGUAACGAGUCUUAUUGGACUUUUUUGGCUGCACCAUUUGCAUGAAAAAGAGAAAGAGGGGCAACGCAAAAUCGAGCAGUUUCUGGAGGAUUACAAGGCUCUUAAGCCCUCAAGAUAUUCCUAUGCUGAUAUUAAGAGGAUAACAUAUCAAUUCAAGGAAAAACUGGGACAGGGCGGUUAUGGUACUGUGUAUAAAGGAACACUUUCCAAUGAUGUUUCAGUAGCUGUCAAGGUUCUGAAUAAUUUCAAGGGAAAUGGUGAAGAGUUCAUCAAUGAAGUUGGUUCAAUGGGUAGAAUCCACCAUGUCAAUGUGACUCGUUUAGUUGGUUUUUGUGCUGAUGGAUGUAAUCGAGCUCUCGUUUAUGAGUACCUGCCGAAUGAGUCAUUAGAGAAAUUCAUAUUCGCAGCCAAGGGUGAGAAUCGUUUCCUUAGCUUGGAUAAGCUUCAGGAUAUUGCUUUGGGUAUAGCCAAAGGUAUUGAGUACCUGCACCAAGGUUGUGAGCAACGAAUCCUCCAUUUCGACAUCAAACCACACAAUAUUUUGCUGGAUCAGAACUUCAAUCCUAAAAUUUCUGAUUUUGGUUUGGCCAAGUUAUGUUCCAAAGAGCAAAGUGCUGUUUCAAUGACAGCGGCAAGAGGAACCAUGGGCUAUAUUGCACCUGAAGUAUUGUCUAGGAACUUCGGAAACGUUUCAUACAAAUCAGAUGUUUAUAGUUUUGGAAUGCUCUUGCUUGAAAUGGUUGGAGGAAGAAAAAAUAUCGAUGUAACAGUACCAAAUAUGAGCCAAGUGUACUUCCCAGAGUGGGUUUAUAAUCGUUUAGACAAAGGAGAAGAAUUAGGAAUGAGUAUUGAAGAUGAAGAGCAUGACAAGAUAGCAAAGAAACUCACAAUUGUUGGACUUUGGUGCAUUCAAUGGUAUCCAGUGGAUCGUCCUUCAAUGAAAGAUGUGGUUCAAAUGUUGGAAGGAGAAGCGGAGAACCUAACAAUGCCACCAAAUCCUUUUGCCUCUAAAGAUGAAAUGAAGCCUAGAAAGCCCAUUAACAGAGAACUAGCAACUAUAUCUGAGUAAGAAUAUAUAAAACCACUUUUCAGAUUGCAGCAGUUUUUAAUUUUCUUACUUUUAUAUUUAUGAAAUGUAUCUCAAAGGGCUUGGAGAUGUAUCUUGUUAAAACUAUAAUUGCUGAUAGCAAACAAAUGUUGUUAUUUUGUCA